AUGGCGUUUAAAAAUAUUGCUGAGGAUCCCAAGUACAAGGGAGUCUUGCCUUCGGACUUCCUGCAUGGAUAUGCGUCGGCGGCCUAUCAAAUCGAAGGUGCGGCAUCUGAGGGUGGGCGAGGCCCCUGCAUAUUCGACAUCAGCCUCAAAGACUUCCCCGAUACUGGCGAAGUAGCUUGUAAAUCUUAUCGCAUGUGGCGGGAUGAUGUCGAGUUGCUUCGCCAAUAUGGUGCGCGAUCCUAUCGUUUCUCUAUAUCUUGGACACGAAUCAAGCCUCUUGGAGGGAAGAACGAUCCUUUGAAUCAGGAAGGUAUCGACUAUUACAACAAUCUAAUAAAUGCGCUCCUGGAUGCUGGGAUUGAGCCAACCGUGACGCUCUUUCAUUACGAUGUCCCCCAAGCCCUCCAAGAGCGUUAUCGUGGUUUCGCUGCUGUUGAUUCUACUCAACUGGUCGAAGACUUCGUUGAUUACGCUCGCGUCUGCUUCUCUGCGUAUGGAGAUCGCGUAAAGCGAUGGUUGACCAUCAACGAGCCUUAUAUCUUUACCAUUUCGAUGGUGGAUCACAUCAAAGACUGGACGAAUGCAGACCUUAUCAGGGUUGGUCACAAUUCCUUACUUACCCACGCUUAUGCGACGGAUCUCUAUCGUCGGGAAUUCCAACAAUCGCAAAAGGGGCAAAUCGGCAUCGCGCUGAACAAUGAAUGGGUCGAACCAAUCGAUAACUCUCCAGAGGCUAUUGCUGCUGCCAAUUUGUCACGGGGCCGUACUCUGGGUUGGGGCACCCAGACCAGCGCCUGGGAUGCUUGGGGAGAUCUCUUUCUCCGCUUUUCAGACGACGAAAUGAAACUGCUCAAAGGCUCUGCCGACUUCUUUUCUAUCAACCAUUAUGGCACCAUGUACGCUACCGGCAAGCCUUUCAAGGCGGAAGAUGGUAUGGGUUGGCAAACAAUGGAAGAAGUCAAUAAGAGCUGGGAAAAAGAUGGGAAGCUCAUCGGGAAGCGUGGCGAGAAUGGCCAUCCGCACUUGGUGGGGUGGGGAUUCCGUAACCUGCUCGUACACUGUUGGGAGAACUACGCCAAAGACCUUGAUCUGCCAAUCUACAUCUAUGAGAAUGGGUUUCCCGUCGAAGAUGAGCAGCACAUGCCUCUAGAACAAAUUCUGGAUGACAAAGACCGACAAGAGUUUUACUCUGACUAUAUCCGGGGACUUUGUGAUGCAGUUCUUGACCAUGGAGCCAAGAUCCAAGGAUAUCAUUGCUGGAGCUUAUUGGACAACCUGGAAUGGGUUUGUGGCUAUGGACCACGUUUUGGAGUCACGUAUAUUGACAAAGAAAAUGGGUUCAAACGAAUCCCCAAGAACUCUGCUAAGUUUGUUGAAAAUAUCUGGAAGCAUGUGGUCGCCGAGAAAUAG